AAGAAGAAGAAGAAGAGGAGGAGGAGGAGAAGGAGGCAGAAGAAGAAGAAGAAGAAGAAGAGCGGGCAGUGAGAGCGGCUCAAACGACAGCAGAGCUCGGAGGAGGAGGAAUGGGCUGCAGCCACAGCAAGAAGAAAAGCAAAGGCAAGAAGGGAGAGAAGAAGCAGAAAGACGGCAGCAGUCAAGAUGAAGGAGGUAAACGUGGGUCAGGUGAGCAGGACGUCUACCUGGAGAAGCAGCUGGAGCGGUUUGAGUGGCAGCUGAGGACUUUAAAGGAAGUGCUCUCAGCCAACGGGAACCCAGAGAGGGCGGAGCUACUGAAACACCACGCCGACGAAGAGGUGUGCGCCCUCGUCCUGAGCAUCCUCGAUAAGGUGAGAACGGAGACGACGGCUGAUUUGAACGUCCUGCAUGAACAGAGAAGCAAAGCUGCGACUGACAAACACGAGAGGAACGUGGAAGAGCUGCAGAAGAGACACGAGCAGGAGAAAAGUCAGCUGACAGAACAGUUUCAGGCUGCUGAAAACGUCCUGAAGGGGAGGGUGGAGGAGCUGACUGCGGACCUGCAGGUUUAUAACGAGCUGAAGAGGAGAGUCCAAGAAUCGACGUUUAAGAAGGACCUGCAGAGAAAUAUUCAGGCCCAUGGCAGCCCAGGUGCAUUCUGGGAGUCUGAGCAGGAGUCUCUGCUGUUUGUCAUUGAGAUGAAGACUGAGCGUGUGCAGGAGCAGAGCAGGAAGCUGCAGCAGAUGGACGCUCUGAUGGAGAAGAAUUUGACUUUGGAGGAUCAGAUCAUCCACAUCCUGCAGCAGAAUGAGGAUCUGAGGGUCCGCAUAGACAACUGCCAGACUCUCAUUCAGAAAUUAUCCAAGGAGCAGCAGGACAUGAAGGUGGCGCUGGAGAGGCAGGUAGUCAUCAACCAGACGCUUUCUCAGGAAAAAGAGCAGCUGAUGUUCAAACUGAGACACAGAGACUCGUGUCCGACCAUCCACCUGCCGGUCAUGGUGCAGGAGAUCGCGCCCAGAUGACUGAUCACAUGAGCCAGAUCGUGGAUCCCGUGUUUGACUGUUCAGAUGCCAACAAUUAUUCACAAGGUAACAUGCAGGGGGCCCAGUUUACCGCUCAGUCGCUGGGCUCCAGCUGCGUGUCGUACCAAACCGGCUGGAGAGCGGCACGCAGCGUCGUCACAGCUCUGCUGCUCUGGGUUCAGGUUUCAGGCCCUUAAACUGGAUCCUGUCUACGUCAAUGCAAAACACCACAGGAAUGAAUAUUUACCAUUUGAACUGCAACUCCACUGGUAGAUGUUCUAAUGCAGGGUCACAACUGAACAACAAGAACCCACCACAGUCCCUGAAGUAGCACUGUAGCCGCUCUGCUACAGCAGCUACGUGGACUUAAAACUGGAUCCUGUGCAGGUACUGUUGAGCCUCAGACUGUCCCAGGUAAAGGUGCAGCCACAUUGAUCUGUCACUGUUCGUAUAUGUUUUGUUUUUAUUCCUUUUCAUCAAUCGGUCCGUUUUCUGAUUAUUGGAUGUUAUGAUGAUUAAAAUGUUUUUCAAAGGAAACAGGAAACAGGUGGACGGAUCAGUGUGGCAGCAUCAAAGGAUUCAUCAUCCAUCAUCACGCCAGAGAGUCGCGUAGCGAGGUCAUUUGCUCAUCCUUGUGAAACGGCUUGGUGAUGUUAGUGAGUACUUGUGGGGCUGGUUUGCAAGCUACUGUGGCUGGAGAGCUAAAAUCUUAAAUGCUAUCUAGCCGCUAACAUAAAGACAAGUAAGACUGAAUAUUUUCCUCUUUCUGUUUCCUCAGCCGACACUCGUCAUCGUUCUUGUGCUAAUGUGCUUCAAAACUAGACGGCUACAACAGCCUGCCAACCUAGCUAGCUCCCUAACUGGCAGUUAGCUAUGUAGCUUGGAAACAAAAUAAGUUAGCAUAGUUUAUACAAGAGGCGUAUUUGUACCACUGACUUUUAUCUCGUGGCUGACUGCAGACCAGGCUGCAGGUGCAACAUAAAUACCGCGAUAGUUUUAGCUUCCUCGUGCGUUUCUUUCUGGCUCUCUGUUCGCUGUUUGCUGUUCGUAAACACUGAAUUCACACGUUAGAGUUCAAGUGUCCCAGUUGAGAACUCGGUGUGCAUUUACUUCACCUUCACACUGAUUCCUUCAACAAAUCCAUGACGGUAAUUCUGCCGUUAUAAUAAAGCUGGUGUGGCUUCAGUAAGUCCAGCUGAGACUCAUAAUCACUGAUCACGUCCACGUAAAGCUGCAUCAUCUGCGUCCAAAGCGAGCAAACAUGUGACAUGAUUAACCUCAAACCUCCGAGGGUUCGAACUGACCGAUGGCGACCAGCCGUCACCCCACGCGGACUCCUCGACACAGAGCCAAACUAUCUAUCGCUAUCUGAAACACAAAGCUUCAUGCCUGAUUGUACCGCAGUCUCUGGACUCUGAGCAGCUCCUUCGGGGGUUUGGAGGUUAAGUGCCUUGCUCAGUGGCGCACCUUUGCAAGGGAGGCCAAGAGUCUAUGUAGUUUAGACGGAACAGAGAGCUUUACCAGUCCACUUUUCCCACAAACUGAAGCUGUACCGCCAGCAGUGAAGCUUCAAGAUCGAUUCUGUGUUCCACUUAAAGUGGAACCUUCAUUUGAGGCAUUCGAGAACCUAAAGGUUCUCCCAAGAACUACUUUAUAUUCAAGGUGCCAGAAAGUACAUUCAGGGUUUUUCCAUAAACUCAGUUCUUGAAGCAAACUUAAAGUGUUCCUAACAGUUCCCAUCUUGACGGUUCCUGCAAAGAGUCCACUGGAACUUGUUGUAAGAAGGACUUCAAGGAGUCAGUGAGCGUCUUAGAGAUCCUCACAAGAAAACAACUCCUGCGAUCCCCCGAGGUCCCUCUCAGGUUUCCCUCUCAUUGCAGACCGGGACUCUGGUUUAAAAUAUCCAUAAAUUCACUUUAUAUAUCUGGACGUCCUGAAAGUUCAAGUUUGUAAACACUGUGGAUUCAUGAACCAAUCAAAACUGAGCCUAAACAAAGCCAGACUGAAACGCUCCCCCGGCCAAUCUAAACCUGGUCAACGGCGAUAGUCCGGUUCAAACCUGAUGCCGAAUCAGUUUGUCUUCUUCCUCUUGGUUCUGCUCAUUUUCUGUUUGCGAGCUUCACAAACACCUCUUCUUGUUACUGGUGGCUGGAGUCAGAUGACACCCUUUAAUGUCGAGCAUUGCUGCUGUUGGGGACGACACCACUUCACUUCAGAUCUGUAUUUUUAUAUAACUUUGACUUUCGUGAUUCAGGAGCUGGAAAAGCUACAACUGUGAGCAUGUUAUAGCAUGCUAAAUACCACCCUGUCAACAUCCAUUAGUUAUUAGCAUGCUUGUUAACAUGCUAUCAUUAGCACAUUAGCAGCACACAUUAUAGCUCAAGUUCAGCUUGUAGGGAUCAAGUUGAGUCCAGUGUUUAGCUUUAGUCUUUUAAAAUGUUUUAUCGCUGGAGAAAUGUUGUUUUCAUGUGAGUAAUGAACGUUAAAUCCUUGUCAGGACAGAUUUUCGGUACCUGGAAAGAGAAAUUCAUCCAAGUGUCCUCAAAAAACACAAGGUGGCGCUGGGGUUGGUGGCAGACUACGGUGGCUGGAGAGCUAAUUAUGUGCUAGCUAGUCGCUAACAUGCAGGCUAGCCGACAUAGUCACAGAGUUGAUACCAUUUUGGACUGUCCAGCUCUCUGUUGUCCCUCUGAAGUGUGGAAACAUUUAAUAACGGAACAGCGCCGAGCAUUUUUAUCCACGAGCGGCGGCGUUCCCCAUCGCUGAGGUUUAGGUUUCACAUGAAGAACUGCUGCACAGCCACAGAUCACAGAUCAGCCGUCGCUGUUCACCUCUGGCCUUUAAAUCGCUUGAACUCCAUCAGUUUAGGAUUUAUUGUGUUAUUUUUCAAAGAUGUGAAAAUCAUUGCCGUGUUGUCAGUUUUUUUUUUCCCAUUUUUUUGCUUUUUGUUGGCGGGACGAUGGAUUUAUGGGAUGUGACGUUUGUAUUGCCAAAAAAAAAAUAUUUGUCAGUGUUUUGACAAGUUUCUCCUUAUGCACCAGCACUUUGAGCAGGAUUUUAGCAGCAGUUUGUAUAAGAGAGAUUUUUCACUGUGGAUCAUUUUGAAUUUUUCUGGGCUUCUUUUGUAUUAAAACUUGUUUCAUCUUUUUCUCGUUUGGGUUUAAGUCCAGCCGUUUGUUUCCUUUCCUGUUUUUGGCUUGACUGAAUAAAAAGCUGCAACUCAAACUGA